GUAAGCUGCAUAUGCGUCACAACUUCCAAAUAUCCUCUACACGCGCCCCCCUUGUUCUUUUUUUAAACCAACACAAACUUAAUUUAUCAAUCUACCUCCCAAGAAACCCAAACCCUGUUUCCCCAUAAAAACAUUACCUAAACCAAAAGCAAGAGACAAAACUGCACCAAAUUGAAACCAUAUCAGAUCUAGCAACAACAGUGUCUUAUUAUUCUAAGGUUAAACUAUGAAGUUAAGAGAUCGAAGUGGAAUCACUAUGCUGCUAGUAUUGUUAUUGUGCUUAACAACUCUCUUUCUAAAAACAGAAGCUAUAUGGUUGACUAUUCCAAGUUCAGGUACUAAAUGUGUGUCUGAGGAUAUUCAAACACAUGUCGUUGUUUUAGCUGAUUACUAUGUUGUUGCUGAUGAAGGUCUUCACACUAUUUCCGCAAAGGUAACAUCUCCUUUUGGAAACAACGUUCACCACAAUGAAAACGUUACACAAGGACAGUUUGCAUUUACAACUACCGAGAGUGGAAAUUAUGUGGCGUGCUUUUGGAUGGAUGGAAAACACCCAGAAGGUAGUGUAAGUGUCAGCCUUGAUUGGAAAACUGGAAUUUCGGCCAAGGAUUGGGAUUCUGUUGCAAAGAAAGAAAAGAUUGAGGGUGUUGAACUAGAAAUCAGGAAGCUCGAAGGAAUAGUGGAUGCCAUCCACGAUUAUCUAAUUUAUUUGAAGGAAAAGGAAGCAACGAUGAGGGAAGUGAGUGAGAAAACAAAUGCUCGAGUUGCGUGGUUUAGUAUCAUGUCCCUUGGUCUCUGCAUUUUAGUUUCUGGAUUGCAACUUUGGUAUCUACAGUGCUACUUUCGAAAGAAGAAGCUCAUAUAGAUACUGCUGUUUGUAUGAAAUUUCUCAACAGAAUUAUUUUUUCUCAAGUUUUUUAGAAUCUAGUUGAGGUAAAAGGAAACUUGGCAAGCAAUUCAACAAACAAGAAACCAUGAAGAGGCACUCACAUCGACUAGGGCGCCUAACAGAAUGCUUACUGACUUUUGGGAAUUUAAGAAAAAAAAUGGCUUGAAGGGUGUGAAAUGUGUACUUUUUUGUCACCCCUCUUGAAUUUCACUCUGUUUGAAUAUUCCCUCUUUUUGGUUUGUAGUGUUUGUUGAAUCUCAUCUAUUUGUACUAUAGAGCAGUUAUGGCUACUGGUAUUGUCUCAAUGAACUUUACAUUACUACUUAAAUACUACAAGAUUUUUUUUUAAAUGUA